CAGUGACAGCGCGCACGCGCACGCGCACUGCACAGCUGCACUUGAUCCGUGGGGGGCCGGAGACCAUACAGUAUCAGGCGGAUUUCGAAAGCGAGCCAGAAGCCUCGACGCGGAGGGCGCCAAGUGGGAUUGAGCAGGGAUGCGCGUGGGAUGGCAGAUUCCAAGGGGGCCGAUUGAAGCCCAAGGAGCCCUACUCCAUGGUAGUCUGGUACUGUAGAUUGACAUGCUGCUGAUUAGCCUGGGUUAGUACCACAGCAUGCAAUGUGACGUGAGGGUGCCGCCCACUGGCGUCUUCAAAACAACACCAAGAAGCGAGAGGGACCGUGGAUGGUGGUCGGUGCUAGAUGGGAUCCUGACGUCCGACCUGGCGGUGUCAGCAGUAGAGCAUUCGUCGUCGGUUCCCUUGUGGUCAAGAAGAAUCUAGGCAACACCGCUACAUGCCAACAGCGAUGAAUGAUAGGAGACAGCCGGCACAAGGAAGAUAAGAGGCAUGCAGAGAAUAAUGUGGAAGUCGAGGACACUGCAGCAUAGCAUAUACGACUACUUCAGUUGGCAGUGUAUUGGCAGUGUAUAUCCAUAUCCACAGCAGAUCAUCCGCAGCGCAGGGUCAAGACUCGAAGGAUCCAAGACCAAGUCCAAGACGGUUGCGGCUUCCUGAUCAACAACGAUCUACUUCGGCUCAUUUCUUCACAGUCUCCAUCGUUAUUCUCUGUUAUUAUUGUUCUUGUUGACCCUACUUACCACUACCGGCUCUUUGUCCUCAUUCUCUCUCAUUCAAUAUAUUACUCUCCUUUAUCCAUAUCGUUAUCCCGCCUCUAAUACAUUCCUAGUUCUGUGGUGGUCCUCCUACGCAGGGACCCGUUCCGUCCUGUUGUUGUAAACGCUCUAUCCCUGUCUGGCUGAUAUCUCUACACAACCACUGCACCGCAGGCUGACACCACCAGCUGUUGCAUAUCUCCAGCUCCGCUCGCUUCCGUUGCCUAGACGUGAUUACUCAAAUGGAAGCGUCUUGACCGAAUUGUGUCUCCGGACCAUUGCUGUCCCCCUCCAGUCCUCCUCUCACGGCUCCCACAGACACCCGCCGCAGGCCGCAAUCUCAGCAUGGCACAGAAUGUGUCCGCGGCCCAAAUUGGGCCCCCCGAACACUCAGGAAGAGCAACUUCUCCGCCGUUGACCUCGUCCGACCAGUCCGUCAAGGAUAUGCCGAAACGACGCAUCGAGAAGUGGAGUCUGGGUAUUCUAAAUGACAAAGAGACGGAGGAAGUGCCUGGCACGGUCUUGCUUCUCUCUGCAAAACGCAAUGAGCCUCUGGGUGUUGAGAUACAGCCAGCCCCAAAGGCUGACUCCUCGAUGCCUCCUCAACCUUUGACGCCUCGACGUACCUCGCUCUCUCAGUCCUCGACCCCUAGACGCCUGUCUGUCUCCUCCACCAAAAGGACAAAAGAUGGACAGUUGAUAUUGGAGCCUCAGCCGUCUGAUUCCGCGAAUGAUCCCCUCAACUGGCCGGCCUGGAGGAGAGAUGCUGCACUGCUUUCUCUCGGGUUUUACUGCAUGCUCGGCGGAGGAAUGACCCCGAUCCUUGCCGCGGGUUUCAACGACGUCGCCGACACAUACGAUGUCGCGUAUUCCCAGGUAGCCUUGACCACUGGUUUCUACAUGAUGGGUCUUGGGAUCGGAAGUGUCAUAUUCUGCCCCACCGCCAUUUUGUACGGGAAGCGUCCUGUUUAUCUGGGUUCCGCUGUCAUGUUCAUCCUCACCUCCCUCUGGUGUGCAAAGGCUCCCAGCUACGGCCACCUGGCUGCGGCGAGAGUCUUCCAGGGCAUCUCCGUCAGUCCGGUGGAGUGCCUGCCCUCGGCAACCAUCGCGGAGAUCUUUUUCCUACACGAGCGGGCCUUUCGACUCGGGAUUUACACUCUGCUCCUGCUGGGCGGGAAGAAUUUGAUUCCCUUGGUAAGCGCGGCCAUCAUCCAGGCGAAAGGUUGGAGAUGGGUGUUUUGGAUCGUCACCAUUGUUGUAGGCUUUGGCUUGUGUCUGCUGUUCUUUUUUGUGCCGGAGACGUUCUGGGACAGGACGCCCAGACCUAAAUCCAGGCUCUCGACUGCUCGACGGAGUUUCACCAAUCUGGUCCAUCACCCUUUCCACCACAGUAAAACAAAUAUGCCCCAGACCCCUGAGCCAAUGGAUGCGGCCAAAUUGGAAGCGGCCCUUGAGAAGGCCUUGACACCUCGCCAGCAGAUGUUACACCAACAGAACGCACAUGCCCGGUUUGAAGACGCCUUUGCCGAUGAGGCAGAAGAGAAAAGGCCCGAAGGCUCUUCGUCUCCGCUCCCGUCCGGCGUGGACGAGAAGGACAUGGCUGUGUCGAAGGCGCCUCACCAAAUGGAUGGGACGCAGGAUGUCCCAGAUCAAGGCAGUCCGGCAGCCGCUGCACCGGCAACUCGCAGAAAAGCCAGACCGACCGGGCUAUCUUUACCACCUCCACCAUAUCUGAACCCACGUUCUAGGGGUGAUGAUGGAACCUUCGAACACACCGGUCCCCUAGGUGCAAGCGCCGCCGAGGUUGAACGGCCAUUGCCCCAUCUGCACAAUCUCAAUUCUCCGUACUAUGUUGAGAUUGAAAAGAAUGACGACUAUAUCAAUCAUCAUGACACUCCAGCGGCCCAAGCCAACACACACCCCGCGACUCGACCAGAUAUGUUGCAACAGGAGACUGGUACAUCAAUGCCAGUCUCGACCACCAGUGAGGCUGAUUUGGAGAAGUGCCCGAGUGCAGACGACGCUGCUUCCACGCCCAGCCUCAAGUACACUCAUCACCUGAAACAUGCGCCACCAAAAUCCUACGUGGCUACGCUUAAGCCGUGGAACGGGAGACUGUCACAGUCGAACUGGUUUCUGGUCGCCUGUCGACCAUUCAUUUUGUUUGCGUAUCCGAGUGUGCUUUGGUCUACGCUUGUCUAUUCUCUGUCGGUUGGAUGGCUCAUCGUCCUUUCUGAAGCCAUCUCGGACAUUUAUCGAUCACGCGACACCUACAACUUCUCCGCCAUGGGUGCUGGAUUGGUUUAUCUGUCGCCUUUCAUUGGUGGCGUUUUAGGAACCGCCGUCGCCGGCAAGAUCUCUGAUGUUAUCGUGAAGUACAUGUCGCGCCGUAACGGCGGUGUGUACGAGCCUGAGUUUCGACUUGUCAUGGGCAUUCCAAUGGCCUUCACUACCGUCAUAGGACUGAUGGGGUUUGGAUGGUCGGCCCAAGAGCGGGACGCUUGGAUUGUGCCCACCGUCUUUUUUGGCAUUAUUUCGUUUGGCUGCAGUCUGGGAAGCACCACGGCCAUUACCUUCUGCGUCGACAGCUACAGACAGUAUGCGGGUGAAGCGCUAGUGACGCUAAAUUUCAGCAAAAACAUCCUCCACGGUCUGGUUUUCAGUUUGUUCUUCGCUCAUUGGUUACAGAGUAAUGGGCCAAAGUCGACCUUUCUGGCCAUUGGGGGCAUCCAGAUUGCUUGUUUGCUUACCACGAUCCCCAUGUAUGUUUACGGCAAGAGGGCCAGAAUGUGGACUGUUCGGAAAGCAUUCAUGGAGAACUUUUGAUUGGCGAAUCAUCGAUGAGGCGCUUCGGAUUGAUUUAUACCGGACUACAACUUUGUUGUGCCUUGGAGUUGUGACAAAUGCACAUGCGGGUGAAGGCAAAUGAUUCUUGGCAAGACGGCGUCUACAUGUUUCGACGUCGUUCUGUGGCAUUGUCUGGCAUUUUAUGGGAACGGAGGGUCGGAGUUGGCAUUGGAUUGGCGAAACUCUGCACAUGAUUACUAGUACUAUGAAGGUCUUGGAGAGAUCAUGAACUUCGGAGGAUGAUGAUGAUGAUGACUAUUCAGGUCGGCGUCGGUUUGGAGUUUGUUUACAGAGAAGCACAUACACAGCGUUGUAGAACAUGCAAUGGCAGACGGGUCUGUGUCCACUACGUUGGUAUUAAUCGUCACUGGACAGAAAGCUGUCAGGUUCGAUUCCUCCCUCUAUUUAUCACUGUCGAGACUUCGGGCGAAUAUAUUCAAGAGAGAUGAUAUAUUUAAUUCUUUUUGUUUACAUGCUGGACGUCUAUGAUUGGGCAACUACCACCAAGGGACUAGUACCGGUAUGGAAUAGUUGAGGGCUACCUAGGCACUGCUAUAGUAUUUUAUUUUUGGGUAGGAAUGACGUUUCCCCACACUCAGGCAGCUGACAGGAACAUUGGAACACAGGUUACGUUUAAAUUGGGCAGAC